AUGGAGGGGAACACGCACCUCCUGCAGGUCAUCCGCAAGAUGCGUUCCCAAAUCAACAAGCUGGAGCGGGAAAACAGGGCCCUGAAGGGAGAGCUGCGGGGCUGCGGGCAGACGGCGGUGCCGGCACGGGGAGAUGGGAGCGGCGCUGCGAGCAGAUGGGAGCUCGCCCUUGGUGCCGAGGGACCGGCGGCAUCCCCAGCAUCGCUGCCGGGCGGCGCCGCGGCCGCUGCAGCGCCGAGGGAGCACGCAGACACUGCCAUGACUGUGAGACGCUACCCCACCAUCUCCCCAGCUCCUGCUCCUUCCAGCACAAGGUCCCACUGGGCUGGCAGGAAGCCUCCAAGCACUGGGCUCCUGGAGGUGCCAGGCAGUGCCCAGCCACCAGCCCCUCCUGCUGCAGCACAGCUCACCAGGGAAGAGGAGAAAGGGCUUGAAAAAUCACCAGCCAGUUGUCUCUGCUACAGCCACUCCAGCAACACGAAGCUGUUUCAGGAGCACGUCUAUAAGUGCCAGGGUAAAGUGAAGGCUGUGAGUUUCCUCUUACCAACAGAUAUGUCAUCAUUUGCUGAAAAGCAAGGUUCUCUCAAAAGCCCACAAAAUCAGAGCACAAAACAUCUGAUGACCAUCACUGAAAAGGAUAUGUGA